UUCAUUAAUCAAGCCCUCAAAAUAAAUGACUUCCGCUUCGUGAUUUGUCAUACAAAAUUUUGUGUAAUUAAAAAUGCAUAAGGAAAACAUUUUGCUUACAUUUUGAACCUGCGAAGGAAAUCCAUUAAAUGAUGACAACAGAUGUACAAGUAAAGAUUGAGCUUGGUCAUCGAGCGAGUCCGAGGACAAAACCCACCAAAGAGGGCUUCACACAUGACUGGACGGUCUAUGUGAGGGGCCCAGAGCAGUACAAUAUCUCGAACUUCGUGGAAAAAGUUGUUUUUACCCUGCACCCAUCAUUUACUAAUCCAAAAAGGGUGUGCAAGGAGCCGCCAUAUCAGGUCCAGGAGCAUGGCUAUGCUGGCUUCAGAUUGCCCAUCGACAUAUACUUCAAGAGCAAACAAGAACCUCGAAAAGUCCACCUGGAAUACAAUCUCUUUCUUAACACUGCAGACCCAGUCAGCCACUCACGCUGUGAGAAGCUUACCUUCCAAAACCCAACAGAGGAGUUCAAGAAAAAAGUCUUAAAGUCUGGAGGGGUUUUGAUGCUACCACAGGAGGAAGCCCAGUUCAAGGAUUUGUUUGGGCCGCCUAUCAAAACCACUCAGAUUGAAUCUCCAAAGAAACCCAAAACUUCCACUAUAUCAUCAAAGGAUAAACCACCUCGCCUAAGCCUAGAUGAGGGUAUCAAGUCAAGCCAUGGAUCAAGCAGUGGGGCUAGCAGUAAGGGAAAGGACCGGGACGGCAAGUCUGCUUCCUCCUCCCGCCUGGACAAGGAGACCGACAGCAAGGACAAACCCUCCAAGGACAGGCACUCUAGUAAAGAUUCGUCUUCCUCAUCCUCUCGCAAACACACAGAGUCAUCUGCCCCUACUUCAUCAUCUUCCUCUUCUAGGAAGAGACAUUCACUGUCUCCUACCAGGCACUUGUCUGGAAAAAAACUGAAGAGGAGCUCUUCAUCUUCAUCAUUUUCAGAAAAGAAAAGCAAGGAAAGGGACAAAGAUAAGGAUGCUGAGAAAGAAAGGGAUAAAGAGAGGGCAAGAGAACGAGAAAGGGAAAAGGAGUUGGAAAGGGAAAAUGAACGAGAAAGAGAAAGAGAGAAAGAAAGGGAGCGAGAGAAGGAAAGAGAGCGAGAGAAAGAAAGAGAACGAGAAAAGGAAAAGGAGCGCGAGAAAGAAAGGGAACGAGAAAAAGAAAGGGAACGGGAGAAAGAACGGGAGAAAGAGAAGGAAAGAGAAAAAGAAAGAAAAGAAAAGGAGAAAGAACGAGAAAAAGAAAGGCAAAGGGAGAAAGACAGGUACAGGAAGGAAAGAAGAGAAAAGGAAAAUGAAAGUAGAAGUGAAAAGUCUCAUAAAAAACAUUUUAGAAGUGAAAAAGCAAAGAUCAAAGACAUUGAUGAAAGCAGCCAAAUGUCAGAAAACAGAAAGGAAUCUGUCAAAAAGGACAAGGAGCAUUCACCAGAAGAAAUUAAAAGGAAAGCAGAUAAAGAAAGAAUGAAAGAAAUUAGUCAUAGAAAAAGUAUAAGUCCAAAAGAAAUGUCAAAAAAAGAUGACAAAGAUACUAUUGGCAAUACCAUACCUGAAAAAACAAGUCACAAAGUAAAACCAUCACAUCAUCCAAGAGACAAAAAGGCAGAACACAAGUCAGCCAGUAGAGAAGACCGGACCAUUCAUGAAAAACUAGAAACAGUAAAACCAACUGAGCAUAAAAAAAGUGUAGAAAAAGAAAAGCCAAAACAAAAAAAAUCAUCAGAAUCCUCCCACAGGCAGAUGUCUUACAAACACAAGCACAAACAGUUAUCAAAGGUGACAUCACGGGAACUCAAGCAUGAUCUUUCCCUGUCUGAUGACUCAGACUCAAGUUCCGUGGUCAGUUCCAUAUCCUCGUCGACAGCGACAACUGUGGGUCGAUCCCGGAGUGUGUCCCCAGUUGUGCUCUCAGAAUGUGAGGUUGAGGAGCCUUUGAGGCCACACAGUCCCAGUCCCACCUCCAGCCCGCCCUCAAGUCCUGCCAGUAGCAAGGCCUCCACUGCCAAUAAGAGUGCCCUAGGCAAGUUGAUAGAUCAGCUUAGUGAAGAAGAGUCGGAGGAGGAGGUUGACCCUGACCCAGUGUUCACCAACCACACCUCUCCCAGGGGCACCAUCUUAACCCCGGAGGAGGGCAGGCAACCAGAGGGACAGGGCAAACCUGACUUGAGACCUGGUGAACAUUCCAGCAGGAGACAACGUAAGAGAUCCAGUGAGCAGGGUUUGAAACCAGCAUCGGAGCGUUCAAUUGUAAAGCAUGAGAGAUUGAUCCACAGUGAGAGUUCUGGGUUUGACAUUGAUGGUUAUCACACCUCCGAGGUAAUUCCCAAUAGGCCUGGGGGAAACAUGAAUAUUGGUGAUGAGGCUCCACAGGGCGCUUACGCUUCUCCAAACGGGGAAGAUCUCACUGAUCUUGUGGCCCUACAGAGACAGCUUAUGACGAUACAAGACCCGGCAGUGCUCGUCAAGGUAGUCCUGCUGAUUAAGAAAGUGGGCAAGUUUAGUGUUGGUAGCUCCACAUUUGACUUUGAUCUUUGUGCUCUGGACAGUGCAACUAUACAGCAAAUACGCAACUUUAUCAGUCAGUGCUAGUGCAAUGUGCUAUUUUUUUGUUCAAAUAUAACAUGUAUGUUUUCAAAAGUAUUGUUUAGGUUGUUAAUGAUUUCACCGAUUUUUUUAUGAUGCUAAAAGCAUUCAUUACGUUCAUUAUGUAUGAAUCAUGUACACAAUCACUAAAGUCAAUGUUAAAAAAAAUUUAACAAAUAUACAAAUGCAACUUUAAGAAGUCUUAAUUUUACCCAUUUGAGUUGUAUUGUCAUGUAUACAUGCAUUUUCCUAUAUUUUGGAUACAACAACAAAAGCUUUUACACUUACACAGACAUGUGCUAGGAACAUGUGUGUUUACAUUAAAAGAGUGCAAAACAAUACCGUAAAUCUUCACUGUGGUACUAUUAUUUAUUUUGUCAAAAGAAGCUAUUCCUUGUCUAUUUGUUUGAUUUUUUCCCCAGUAUUUUCCACAACCAUUAGGAGUUAUAAAAACAAAUAUUUUCUUUCAUGAUACAGCAAAGCUUGAAGAUAUCAUAAUAAAUACAUGUGAAUAAUGA